CUAAUACUAAUUUGUUUAGCUUUAUUUUAAUCAAAUUCUGUGUGAGGCGAUUUGAUGGGUUCACACAGUGAUUAUUUUAAUUAAUUAGUUUAAUUAAAUGGAAUACAGAGAAACAUGUCUUUACUGUUUGCAGCUCAAUUAAAUUUCCCGGAUCUAUAAAUGGCUGGCAAAGCUAGCCAAGGAUUCUGAAAAGACACAUUCAUUCCAGCUGUUCCAACUUUCAAGGGUACAUCUUUUUUUGGGUUGUGAUCUUUUUUUUUUCCCCUGAAUCCAUCCAUUGAUAUCCAAGAAACAAUGGAAACCAUCACCUGCUUGGCAGAACUGGUAAGAUUUGCUUUGUCUGAAUCUACAACUUUCCAAUCUAGUUUUUGGGUUUCUUCUGAAUCAAUUUUUUAGGAGUAUAAUAAUUGAUUAGAUUUUUCUUCCUUUUGUUUUCCCCCUCCUUUGUUUCCUCAUAUUUACAGGGAAUGGAUCAUGGUUUUAUGAACAACUGGUCUAUGAAUUCACUUGAUGAAAUUAGCACAAUAACCUCCAUCUAUGAAAAUGACCAUUUCAACAAUAGCAGCAACAUCCAUUCUUAUUCUCAUCAUCAUCAUCAUCAACCUGAUCUCUUCAACCCCAAUAAACACUAUUUGGAUUUGUCUCCAAAUGAAAUCAACACUAACAGACCAAUGAAGCAACAAAAGAGCAGCAGCUGGAGUUCAUCAAAUAGUGACCAAACCUCAACACCACCACAUACAGCUGCAACUGUCACUUCUCCCAUUUUUCAUGUGGUGAAUUCAAGUAAUACUUUCAAUGAACAUCAUGUUUCUCCAGUGAAACCAAAAGAAGAAAUCAAGUCUUCUUUUACUAUGAAUUUUGCAUCAGCUGAAAUAAUUUCUCCCACAGUAGUUGGGUCAUAUGAUAUUCAUCAGAACCAGAACUAUGUGUUCAAGGCUUCCCAAGGAGCUAAAAGGGUUACCACUGCCACGAACAGUGCUAGACCUAAUGCUCAAGAUCACAUCAUUGCUGAGAGGAAGAGAAGACAGAAACUCACUCAACGAUUCAUCACUAUGUCUCAUCUUCUUCCUGGACUCAAAAAGCUGGAUAAGGCCUCUGUUCUUGGAGAUGCAAUCAAGUACAUCAAAGAACUCCAAGAGAAAGUAGCUACCCUUGAGGAGGGAACCAAGAAAUCAGUCGAAACCGCGGUUUUAAUGAAGAAGACCAAGAUUUGUGAGGAUGGCAACAAUUUUUCCUCGGAUGAGAACAUCUCUGAUGGCCCUUAUGAUGUGCCACUCCCACAAAUCGAAGCGAAAAUAUGUAACAAAGAGGUCCUCAUCAGGGUUCACUGUGAAAAGAUUAAAGGAGUUCAGGAAGCCAUGGUUGCUGAGAUUGAGAAGCUCCAUCUUUCUGUAAUGAAUAGCUGCGCAUUGACCUUCGGAAGUUCAACUCUUGAUAUUACCAUUAUAGCUGAGAUGGAAGAAGAAUUCAACAUGCCGAUUAAGGAUCUCGUGAUGCAUUUAAGAUCAGCCCUCAAGAAGUACUCCAUGUGACAUAUACAACUAUACAGUGUUCUUGUCCCAAAAACCUUAGGAUUUCCACACACACACACACAUACACACAGUCACACACACAAAGUUCCUGCGAAUAAUCACUUUUUUUUCUCUUUUUCGCACAUCUUUGUCGUACCCAUCAAAGCCUGGACAAUUUUUCCAACCUAUUCCACCAUUUUCAAACAGUGAAAGACUCAGUUAAAGCUCCUGUUUGCUGUGUGGUUCAUUUUUUGAAGGAGGGUUUUUUUAACCACUGACUUUUUUUUUUUCAUGGUACACAUAUGUUGACCAUGUUAAACACCCCACUUUUUUCACCCUCCUGUUGUGAAGAUGAUCACGUGGCUUAAUUUGGUUUUGCCAUUUUUUAAUUUGGGGAGGUUGAAAUGUCAACCAAAACCAAAUUACUCCUACUAUUUUUGCUUUGGACAUGUUUUUAGGGGUUGGAUUGAUAGAGAUAGGCUUUUAAGGUACUAAAAGGUGUUUUGUAAAGUCAAAUGUUUUAGAGGCCUCUUUGGACAAAUGAUGUUUGCCGCAAAAGAGGUGUCUUUAUCUUUCUCCUUUGAAGUUACUGUGUAUGUAAUUUAAUUUCCUCAAUGUACAAUUGUUGAAUGUAAUGAAAGUUCAUUUUCGUUUUUUGCCUUAAUGACCCGUUAUUGGUUGGUAGAUA